AUGAAAGGACUGGAGCUUUAUGGACUUACUGAUAUCAUAAGGCAAAAGCCAGAAAUAUGCAAGGCACUACUUGUGAUGGGGCAUGAAAAGGAUGUUGAUGUAAAUUAUGUGUUUCCCCUUAUGAAACCAUGUUAUUCUGUGGAGGGGUCAACUAGAAAGGAAGUUGAGGAGUCUGUGAUGGACAGCUUUCAAGACGUUUUGAUAUCUUUGGAAGAUGAGCAAAAAAUCAGUGGAUAUACUGAGGCUCUAACUUGGAAUUAUGAUGACAAUGAAGACAAGGGAAGUGAAAGGCAGAAAAGUGACAAACAGCCGGCGGAAGAAUUUCAAACAGCAGAUGUUUAUGUGGCCGGUGUCUUAGGUUGA